CGAAACAAAAAUCGCUUCAACUCCGCUCCACUAUCAAUAAUCGUUGCAGUCAACAAAAAAACAAUCUUUAAGUGCAGUGCAGUGAUAAGAAGAAAUAUCUAUACGGAUGAAAAGGAGAAAAAUUCGACGCUUUUCCUGUGAGCUGCAGUAAUACUUUUUCAACCAGAACAGGAAGUAUACGAUAAUGUCGCAAUCGAUUAUGUGUUCACUUGUUUUGUUUAUUCGCGUGUAUAGUGUAAUUGCAAUAUUGUAAUUUUUUAAUUGCACGAUAACCUGUUUGUUUAAUCAUUACACAGGUGCAAAUGAAUGUAAUGUUGUAUUUAGUAAUCUUUCCUGUGAAUCGGUGCAGUGCAUUUUCAUCCCAUUCGUUAAUAAAAAAUUAAAAAAAAAUUUAAAUCGGGGUCCUGUGUUGUGAGUGAAGAAUAUUCCUUGAGCUUUGAUGGGAUAACCGCAUUAGUGAAGUUGCUACCUAAAUGUAUCUCCGGUCAUAUCUUGUUUGGUGCUGCUUGAAAAGUCAAAACUUCACCUUUGUUGGGCCGUAUUUUAAAAUCGAAUUGAAGUCCUACUUUAGUGAAUAAGGUUGAGUUCAACUUGUGUGAACAUAUUGUGUAAUCUACCCCGUCAGGCGUUCUGGAACCUUUCGUGAAUCGGGUCGUCAUCAAAGUUACAUAGACGAAUACCCUGGGUCCUUUGGAAAUCAUAAACACUACAUGGAAAGACCACUGAUUCAACGCCUAUCAUCACCAUCAUCAUCAUCAUCAUCAUCGGUUUAUUGAACUGUGCCGAUUCUGACAGUCCCGCGGUUGGGCGAAAACAGUAAUUGCGACGUAGAAUUCCAAGAGCGAAAAAACAGCCGACAGAACUGCUAAAAUUUCUCCACCCCGUGAUGGCGGUGCCGCCGCCCUAAGACACAAACGCACGCGCCUCGACUUGGCAAGGCGCCGCCGCCUAUUUUAGACACAUUUCUUGGAAUUGAUGGAUUGGAACGGGUAAAGGAGAAAAAAAACCUACCACGCUGUAUAAACAUGAUAUCAUCGCGGUCGCUGCUGAACACGGUCACUGGCAAUAGUGGUGGUUGCUCCGGGCUGUCAGAGAACUUAGUAAUUGUCACCAAUCAAGCUUUCCUCGGCCGCAGCAGUAGCAGCUGAUCCGCGGCCUAAUGAGGGACACAAUUCCAUCUACUCCCGGAGGUCAAACAAAGUAGCCUAAGUGAGCGGGCCCUGUGAAAGUGCAUUUCAAUUGAAACAGUUAGUGCGUUAGAUAUUGCGGGACAGCGAACUGCCAGCGACCAGCAUGGGAAAACUCAACACCAUUUAUGGCCAGUACUGUUACGAUAGUGGCACUCUGAUAAAUCGAGCUGUGACCAAAUAUUUGAGAAAUUGCGGUGCUCAAAACGAUUCCCCCGGCAGUACAUGCGGGGAUAAAAGCAGCGAUGAUGGCGGAGCUGCCCUUGAAUUUGGAAGAAUUAUCUGUUGUCGGGGAAACCGACCCGCAGAUAGAAUGAUUGAACGGAGGUCAAACGGAAAAGCGUUAGCGCGGUCGGGCGAACAACAGCGGGAUAAAGUUUCAACUUACGACAGUGAGGAGGAAGAUGAGUUCGAGGAAAACGUCGAGCUGGUUGACGAAAGUCGACUGGCCUAUCGAGCCGAGGGCAAUGCCAAUAUCGUGCUCUCCCUGGUGGACAGUCACCGAGUACUGCGGCUGCGAAAAUCAUCCGUCAGCUGUCGGGAUGGCAAAGAUUCGAAUGUCGAUCUCAAACGACUGAUCAAAUAUUCGCGGGUGAUAACGAGCCUGUUUUCGAGCCGAUACGUCCCGGAGCCGAAGUUGGGCCGCCUUGAUACGUAUGACCUGGAAACGUUUAACCAAACGUUAGCUAAAUUUCGACCCGUAACUCGAUUGGACAAGGAGAUUCGAGAACGUGAUGGUAUCCUGUAUCCCGACGUGGCAUUUUUGCCGGCAAAACUCAACUCGAUGGCGCUCCUGCAGCAGGAUUACGGACAGGAUUCCAGAAUGCUUACCUGUAAUAUGUAUUGUGUGGAAAUCAAACCAAAACAAGGAUGGUCCUUUCACGAUGAGGAUGGGUUCGCCCGACAGAUGCUAUUUGCGAACUGUGAUAAUACGAUUAUGGAACUGGCGGGGUCUGGCGUUAAAAAAUGUCGGUACUGUUUGUAUCAAUACUUGAAGUUGCAGAAAAAUUAUAUCGGGAAAGUCAGCAAAUACUGUCCUCUGGACUUGUUUUCCGGAAAACCUAUACGCAUGCUACACGCCAUCAAGGGACUCAUCGGAGCACCGCAGAACAACUUUAGGCUGUUGAAAAAUGGCCGCAUCGUUUACGACGAGAAGCAGGAGAAAUGCGUCUUCAAUCGAAUCCUAAAGGAGAUCUUCCAACGUGAUGGACGCACCAAAGAAGAGAGAAAAACCAUUUUUAUGAACUUGAUAAAGGAAACGCUGCUGAAGGAUUUCUCCGGUUACGAGGCGCAUUGUGAUCGAAAGCUGCUAACGAUUAGGAAGGAUAGGAAAAAGAAGGAUAAAAAUCUCAUUCAUCACCGUACCUGCAGUUCAAUCAAUUAUCAGUUUCUACCGGCAAAUUGUGCGCUUAAGCAAAUCCUGGACGCACAACUUUUGGUCAAGUCAAGUCUAGCUGAAAUCCGACAGGACAAGCUUCCAGUGGACUCGGACGAUUCAUUCCAAUAUGUAGACGAACUGUAUGAGAAAUAUUUAGACUGUCUUGAGGAUUGUAGCAGCGGGAACGAAGCCAGCGAGAAUGAAAUAAAAAGAACGAUCUCCGAAAGGUUGAAGAAUUUCACCGAUUUCUACCUGGACGUAGAGGGAAAAUAUCAGCUGGGUGCCACUGCACUGGAUUGUUCCAUUAUGAUAACCUUCCGACGAUUGGCCGACCGUGAAGAGGACAGGUUACCACCGACCGCUAAAGCACACAUCAUCAGUAUUGAAAACAUGAAGUUUCUUGUUAAUGUGACCAUCACCGAUCUAGACCCAAAAUCACUCAAUCAUCACAGGAAAUACAUUGAACAAUUGCGCGAUUCCAUAGGAGCAUACCGAGAGUUUACGUCUAAAAUCAGGCGCUAGCAAAUUAUACUCGUAAUAUAAAGCAAUACUAACAGUUAGUUGACAUUGUGCUGAGAUUAUGUUAACGUAAACAAACAUAGCUCGGAAAGUUUUAGAACAAUUGCUAUUUAUUAUACCACCUAUUCCUAAUAGAAACAUUUUAUGCAAGGUUUUAGUAGGUUUAAACAAAUUUUUAAUUUAUUCCCUAUAGCUGAAACAACACAAAGGCACUUUUCAUCAUGUAAACUAUUUAUACGUAAUUAAUUUAUGAUGCUAUUUAUUGACUAGUAAUUGAUCUAACAAUGAUUGCGCAAAGUUUUCUAAGAUUAAUAUUCUCGCUAUUGAUGGCUCAAAUGUUGAGAUUGACCAUAUUCGUUUGAAUUCAAUUACCAACUAGACUAAACUAGGAAACUGCCAUGACCACGUCUCUACCGACCACUGGUUUUUAACUGUUAAGUGUAAAGCUAGAAAUAUAUUUGAACAGAGAA